AGAGUUUCGAAGUUUGCACGGCGGGGCAGUAGCAUCCGAGGCCAGCACGACUGAGUCUUCUCCCUUGGAGGUCUUGCGGAGUUUGCCGUGUAGUGUGUCCAUGUCCGCCCCCUCGCUCUCACCCACCUCUGUGGCCUCCGUGAGCCAGCGAAUUUUGCCAUUUUCGACAUGCACUUCGUGCGUCUCUUCGUCCCGGCUCCGAACUAGCAGCUUGUACAAGGCGACCGGGUCCUCCUUGAUUACCAGAGGCUCACUAUCUUUCACUCGAAAGAUGACUUCGCCCACAGCAACUACACCCACUCCGCAGUGGCUGCCA